UCGACCGCAAGAUCGUCUACGCGCUUUGUACAUCAACAACGGACACUUCUUUUCCUCUUCUCAUAUUUGGAAUGUUCUGUUGACUCAGGCCAAUAUCAGCAGUCGUCGUAGCUCCAGUUGUCUCUUAAGACACUGCGAGAACCAAGAUAUCUGGCGGAGCAAACUCCUCCACUCGGCGCUGCUUCUUUGCUCCCAUCUACUAAAUACUUUGCUUGAAGAAAAGCGAUACGAUGAGAGAACAGGACCCAUCUGAUUCGCCGGGGAAGAAAUUCGCCAAUGGAGACAGGCCCAUGCAUGAGAUUUGGGCGGCCGCAGCCGAGCAUUUCCGGGAAAUAUGCGGCGAGUCGCUGAACAAGGGCGAGCUGAAGAGCUUCGAAGACGUACAGAAACAAAUCGAGAACAGCGGCAAAGUCAAUACGAGUCCGAUUCCGGAAGAUAGCUGGGAGACAGCUAAAAGUGUCGGCUUGAGUUCUCUUAAGUACCUCAAAAUGCUCGUGGGAGUUGCUUCGCAGGCCUCUUCAUUUAUUCCCAUUCCAGCUGUGGCUAGUAACACUACAGCCAGUGCGCUAUCAUUCGUGUUCGACAUCCCUCAAGCUAUCAAAGGCUACAAUGAUGCAGUAGAUCAAGUCUUCAGCGAAGUGUCAUCGGCGCUGUCUCAAUUUCAGAUCUACCAGUCCAUGGAUAGCGUCGAUCGCCUGCUUAUCAACCAGAUCAACCUGGUUCUCAUACGCUUUGUCGAGGUUUGCGCUCAUGUUGUCAAGCACCGUCAGGGCCGUAGACGGGACCGAGUCUUCCAACGAGUCAAUUCCAUCUUCGACAGCGAUACAGACUUGGCUGGUGCUAUGGCUGCCUUCAAAGGGGCCAUGCAGGGACAGCGCGACGUUGAGGGGACUGUCACUCUUGCUGUGGUUGUAGAGACGCAGAGGGCGGUGCAAGAAACUCACAAGGGUGUCCAGUCUCUGACAGACGACGCUGACCGCACAAGGACAUUGACCAAGAUCCGCGAUAAUCUUGGCGUGCUGUCAACGGUCCGGCUCGACACCAAUACCACGCAGACCGUUACCACCAUCUCUGACAAAUGUUUCAACGGCACAGGUUCUUGGAUAUGGACACACGAAGCAUACACGACUUGGACAGCAUCCAACGAUAAAGAUGUCUUGGUUGUGUCCGGCCCUAAAUCAUCCGGCAAGACAUCAGUCACCGCCCUCGUCACCAAACGCCUCGAGGAACAAAAAGGCCGCACCUACGUUGCCCAUUACUUCUUUCCUGUCAGUACUAAGAAGUCUGAAAGUGACAAAAACCCGGUGCAGACGGCGUUGAAGUACAUGGCUUUCCAGAUUGCUCGUGUUGAUGUCACGGUGCGGAAGGCCUUGAGCAAGGCAUGUGACGCCGGUCCCGCGGCGUUCCGUCGCUCGUCGACCACCGAGAACUUGGAAAAGCUGUGGUCGGACCUUAAGAUUGGGGCUCCUGGAUCGGGAGCUACAUACUACCUCGUAUUCGAUGGCAUUGAGAAUCUGCAUCUGGAUCAGUUGAAGAUGCUCCUUGAAUUUGUCUUUGGUUCUCGGACGAAAGCGAAGCCGACUCGGCGAGUGCGCAUCUUGGUGAGUGGCAUGGACGAGAAUUUGAAGACUGCUUACCAGCCCAACUUCGACGAUGCGUUGAGAAUCCAGAUGGAUAAGGAGAACGAGAAGGACAUGCGGAUCGUCAUCCUCGAAUCUAUGAACAAACAAGGUGUGCUUCCAAACGCUGGAACCAACUCACAACAUCAGAAGGCAAGGGACAAGAUUCUCGAAAAGCUUCCACAGAAUGUCAACGGAAGAUACUCAACAUUCCAGCCUCAGCUAGACGGAGUCAUACGUCUCUUGAGCACACGUAUGGCUACGGUCGAAGAGCUAGACCGCAUGCUCGAUCAGUCAAUGAGCGGCCUCGAAGCGGCGAUCAAUGAUCUCCAGCGGUCAUUGACAGCUGAUGAGAUCCUGGAGCUGAAUGAAAUGCUUAAAUGGGCCUUGUACAGCGACUAUUAUCUCACGCUGGACCAACUUGAGUCUGCCAUGAGGCUACUUUCGGGCAUAGAAUCUCUCACGUCUCUCGAGUACGUCAUCAGAAAUAAAUACUCGGCUCUGUUGAUGAUCGAUGAGGGUAGUGUCUAUCCUCAAGACGGUGUUGUAGAGUAUCUCCAGAAGCAGAGAGAGCUUGCGAACCGCUCGUCCAACUCCAAAGACCGUCCCACCAUCAGCAUGACCAUCACCAUCAAUAACGUCGACCAAGAGCUUUGUGGGCACUUUCUCUGGGAUCUUGCGGAUAUGGCGAUCCGGGACAAGUUCAAAUUUGAUUUCAACAACUCGGGUGCCUUACACAACAGCGCCCAGCGUAUUAUUUCAGUGGAUGAGUUUGAGGCCAAUCAAACAAUCGUGACUCGAGCAUUUCAUUACCUGAAAGGCGAUCCCCAAGAACAGACCAAAGACAUUGGAGAGUAUCUCAUCUGCUGGCUCCCCUACCAUCUGGGCCAACUUCGACAACUCGAGGACGAGGGCAAGGGAGAACUUACUACAAAUGAACGGGCCGAGAUUGGAAGUAACUUGUACAAUCUUUUCAAAGAUGAUUCAGUCUUUAAACGGCACAAAGCAACUCUUGGAGAGGUCUAUUGGUGGGCAGACGAGAUGACAGACGUUCAGAAGUGGUUGACCGACCCAGCAGUCGUCCGAAGGCUCGACAAGCCAUGGCGCGCGAAAAUGGAGCGUGCACGAUAUCCCCCGAGAGGAUAUCUCAAGGAACUCGUCAAUAUGGUCGUGCGGGGGUUCCUUAGAGAAAGGAGCUGGGGUAUUCCGAGCGCUUGUCGGUGGCUGAAGGAGUUUAUGGCCGCGGACAAAGACGAGGUUGAAACGCUUCCAGACACCUCAACCCCCAACGGAGAUGAUGCGAACCCAGAUGGCUCAUCACCUUCACCCUCUUCCGCUGGGUCCAGCGAUGAAAUAGACUGGGAUGUCGCCAGCAAAUGGUGCCAAGAAAUUCUCGGGCUGUCAGAUGCAGGGCUUGAUUCGCUCUGGUACGAAAGACUUGCUGAGGCAUCGUCUUGCGUGGGGAACAAUCCCUAUCAAGCACUGUUACUCUAUCAGAAAGCUGCUCAACUCAAGAACCCAAGUUGGCAAUGUUACCACGGCCUGGGUGUGACGUACUACAACCGAGAUCAAUUGGGUCAGGCCAUAGAACAAGUUGAGCUUGCUCUGAAGGAGGCUGAAUCAGAGAACACAAUGCCGAAGCCAGAUUCGAAGGAAAUCACCGAGUUGCAUUUAUUGCUGGGAAAGUACACCUAUGAGGCGCAGAACAUGGUCACCGCAGCAAAGCACUACUUGGUGGCAUCUCGAAGCGACGACACCGAACAGGCGGUUGCCGGACAAUUAGGUCUCCUGAAGGCAAAUCUGAUGUCAUCAGAUGUCGCAGAGGCUGCACAAUUGCUGAAGACCAUGAUUGCUGCAGAAGGCGGCGAAAGCAAGAUAACUAAUAUUCUGAAGAAGAUAGCGAGGGACUCUGAGCAUGACACUCUCGCCUCAAGCAUGUUCAGAAUCACCAAAGACGAUCCCGAGCUUCUAGAGAAGAUGGUCCACACAAUGUACUCGGCCACGCAGAAGUCCACCGCGCAAGAAGAACGCAACACCGAGCCCUCUAACGCGGAUGCGCAAUAUGAGGAAUACGAAGCCCAAGGGGUCCUGCUCUAUGACCUAGGCCUCGCAGCCUACAAGUUUGGAAUCACACUGGAUGGAAAAGAGCGCGUGAGCGAAGCUCUGCGUCUUUGGACCGAGAGUCGAGACCAGCUCGCCAACGUGGGCGGCCGCAACGCCUACGUCACACGUUCAAACGCCACCUCGGCUCUUGCGAAUCACUACUUAUUAAACCGAGGGAAUGGGAAAGACGAAGAAAACCUCGAGGCACUGGCCAAACUCGCUAAUGACGAAUUGCAUGUGUACGACGACUCUCUGCGGGCACACUUAGCCGCGCUCCACGCGUUACGAGGGGAGAAAGACAAAGCCAGAUCGGUGCUCAAGACACGAGUAACACAGGCUCUUCAGAUACUUUCUGAUGAGAUGCCCGACAAUGAUUACUAUGGCUUCUUCCUCCUCCGGCAAGUCAUGAAGAGCUACCGACAAGAAGACUUCAAGGGCGCGUUCAUCGCCCUUAGCUUGUGCGGCCAACCAGACCUUGUCACGGACAGUUUGAAAUUUGCAGCCGAGGAUGUGAAGGAUGAUAAAGUUGCAGACAAGGAAAAGGUUCUCGAAAUUCUCACAGUAUUGGCGAAAGAAAUUACCCAGCUUGCGAGAACUCAAGUGCCAGAUAGUGCGUCACAGCUACAACGCAUCCAAGCUGCCAAAACACACAUCGACUCUCUUGUCCUCGCAAGUCAAUCGAACCUCGCCUCCGAGGCUGACACAAGUCAUCAAGACAAGCCGACUAUCCCGGACAGCACUGGCUCUGUAAGUGGUGUUGCACAUCGCUUACUCCAAUCGCGUAUCUCGGACUUGCUGAACAAGCACACGCCCAAGAUCGAGGUCGAAACCCAUUGUUUCUGCGAUGGAUAUACUUCGGAGGGGGAAAAGUGCGAGAAGCAAGGCGAUUUUGACCAAGAGUUUUACCAUUGCGUCUACUGCUGGGACAAAGACUUUUGCAGAGAAUGUCUGGCGCGGUUACGUGACCCCAAAUCCGACCUCAUUAACGUAUGCAGUGAAAAGCAUCAGUGGAUUCGGAGACUACGACAGGGGGAGGAUGCUUGUGUAGGCCCAGCGGCGAAGACUGUUCCAGUGCCAAUCAGCGUGGUACCAGUUGAUGGCGAUGCGAACGUUCUACGAGCUUGUUAUUCCGAGGAAGGUGGGCAGGUGAUCUCAGUUGAGGAAUGGAAAGAGAUUGUGGCAAGAGAAUUCGAAAUCCCAAUGGACGAGAUAAAGAGUGGUGUGGCAGCGUUGAAUACGCCGGAGGAUGAUGGCAAGAGCACUAAUACCUGAUGGAAAGGGGCCCAGCUUUGAGUUACUUGGCCAUGAUCACUCAGGCCGUCAAAUGUAAAGUACCACGGUUAAUCGUAUCAGCCCAGUAGUACCGAGUUUCCACGCAUCAUCCCCUUUGAGAGAUUUGCCAUCGUUCGAGUUUUAUAUCUUGAACUGCCCAAGGGGCCAUGGCUGCUGGUUUGAGUUUGAGUUAAGU